AAAAUGUUUAAAAAUCCCGGAGAUUUUCGUUUUGUUGACGUUGUAUUGUUGUUCACUCUAAGUGUUAUUGUCUUUGGCAAAGUUGCGGAGGCCAAAUUAUUCGAGGAAAAUACCAAAUUUUGCCUUAGAACCGAACCAAUGCUAUUGGCCGACAUUGAAAAGCACAAAAGUCCCCAGGGACACAAUAAGUCGUGUGAAAUUGUGGCAACUCUGUUGACAUCACUGGAAAAGGAAAGUUUUCGCAAUACAAUGUGCAAGGAUCACGGAAGUUCCCACAAGGAUGCAUUUUAUUUUUUAAAACUCUACAAUGGUGAUUUGGUGGGCCGUGGAACGUAUCAUGAAAUUUGCAAGGGUGAAAAGAAUCCCCUAUUGGCCUGGAUCCCGUAUGAAAUGAUGCAAAAGUAUUAUGCUCAAGAAUUGAAUCCGAAAGAGCGUUUAAAUUACAUGGCGAAGGCCACAGAUGUUUCACGUGAAAAGACUGAACUGUGCCAUUUCCGUCAUUCCGAUUUGGUUGAAAAUAUACCCGAUAAUUUAUUCACUUGUGUUGUGAUGAUAUUCGAAGAUAAUUUUUACGGCUUGGAGUCCAGCAUUAAUGUCCUGGUUGAAAUAAAACCCCUAAUGUAUGAGCUGCGUAAUGUAACAUUUAUGCCCUGGGUCAACUCAACGAUAAGUUACAAAACUUUAUUGGGUCGCACCUAUCUAAAGAAUCCGAGUCGUGAGAGAAAACAAAUCUAUGGCAAUUUCAAUUAUGAAUAUGUGGAGAAAGUUGAGCUGAACCUGAGUUCCAUCUAUCAGACGGGUAUGCGAAGGUUACCGCUGCUAUUCGAACAUAAAAAUGCUGUGUUGAAAAUCGACGACAAAGGCAUUGGGGGUAUGGAUGUAAAAGAGAAAGCCUAUUUUGGUCGUAAAAUGGAACCCAAGACAAAGGUGCGUGUCGACAUCAUCGGCCAAUGGGCCGAAGAUCAACAGGAAUUCUCUGCCGAUAUUUAUGAAUACUUCGGUUAUGGCGUGAAACGUUUUCACAAUGAAAUGCAACAUGGAAAUGUGACAUUUAUGCGUAUCGAAAGCACCGAACCGGUCUAUGAAAUGCCCGAAGAAGAUGAUAUUGUAAUACCACAAAUCCAUUCCAUUGAUGGCAAACCAUUUGAACGAAUGACCGCAGCUGAAGAUGAUGAUAUGUUUGGAGCAUAUAACGAAACCGAUGAAGAUUUUCGAGAUGAUCUAGAGGCACUGUUCGAAGAUGGAAUGAUCACGGAUGUCAUAAGAGAAGAUACCGAAAAUGAGAGCGAUUCAAAUAGUGGAUUUUAUCCGUGGUUUAUUCUGGUGGUUCUCAUUGUGGGUGGUAUAUUAGUUGGUACCGUUUAUUUGGUGUCACGUCACUACGGUGCAAAAGAUGAACGACGAAGAUAUAAAUUUACGGGAAUUUAAAAGGAUCGACUACGAAAUAUAUGUUAUUAUUGUUUGUUAUUGUAAUUUCUAUUUGUGUUAUUUAUUGGGAAACUCAUAAAAAUUUUCUAAUUUUAAAUUAUUUUUAACGACUUUUGUUUAAGGAAAUAAAAAAAUGUUUCUAAGAUAAA